CUCUCUCUCUUCCUCUCUUGCACAGAAAGGAAAAAAAAGGAAAAGAAAAAAAAAGAAAAGCAAAGCCAUGACUGCUAUCCCACAAUUCAUCUUCCCCGCGCCAUCUUUAUAUUAUUUCUAAUUUAUUUUGGAUGUCAAAAGACAUUGAUGAAGAUAUUUUCUCGGGAGUCUCCUUCCUUUCUAACCCGGCGCUUCCCGAUGUGAUCCGUGCAAGAGAGCUCGCCGCGCGCCCGCCCGAGCAGCCGCCACCACCAUGUCGCGCCGCAAGCAAGGGAAACCCCAGCACUUAAGCAAACGGGAAUUUUCACCCGAACCUCUAGAAGCCAUUCUCACCGAUGACGAACCAGAUCAUGGUACAUUGGGAGCUCCAGAAGGGGACCACGACCUCCUUACAUGUGGCCAGUGUCAGAUGAACUUCCCAUUGGGGGACAUCCUUAUUUUUAUCGAGCACAAACGGAAACAAUGCAAUGGCACUCUUUGCCUAGAGAAGGCUGUGGAUAAGCCCCCUUCGCCCUCUCCGAGUGAGCUGAGAAAAGCAUCCAAUCCGGUGGAGGUUGGCAUCCAGGUCACGCCCGAGGAUGAUGAUUGUUUGUCAACGUCAUCUAGAGGAAUUUGCCCUAAACAGGAACAUAUAGCAGGAAUAUGGGGUAGCAUUCAAAGGGGUAACCCUCCCCUGCAUGCUGAAAGAAGUGAUGUAAUCCAGGAAAAGCUUUACCACAAUUCUGGUAAAGAUGAACCCAGCAGCUACACGUGUACAACAUGUAAACAGCCAUUCAACAGCGCCUGGUUUCUCUUGCAACACGCACAGAACACUCAUGGAUUAAGAAUCUACUUAGAAAGCGAACACGGAAGUCCCCUGACACCGCGGGUUGGUAUCCCAUCAGGACUAGGUGCAGAAUGCCCUUCACAGCCACCACUCCAUGGGAUUCACAUUGCAGACAAUAACCCUUUUAACUUACUCAGAAUACCUGGAUCAGUAGCGAGAGAAGCUUCAGGUCUUGGAGAAGGGCGUUUUCCUCCCACGCCGCCUUUGUUUAGUCCCCCUCCAAGGCAUCACUUAGAUCCACAUCGCAUAGAACGCUUGGGUGCCGAAGAAAUGGCUCUUGCAACCCAUCACCCCAGUGCCUUCGACAGGGUGCUGCGACUCAACCCCAUGGCCAUGGAGCCACCAGCUAUGGAUUUUUCCAGACGGCUUAGAGAGUUAGCUGGAAACACCUCUAGUCCUCCAUUGUCACCGAACCGGCCCAGUCCUAUGCAAAGGUUACUGCAACCAUUCCAGCCAGGCAGCAAGCCGCCAUUUCUGGCAACACCACCUCUUCCUCCUCUUCAGUCUGCUCCUCCCCCUUCCCAGCCUCCUGUCAAAUCCAAGUCCUGUGAAUUUUGUGGAAAAACCUUCAAGUUUCAAAGCAACUUAGUUGUCCAUCGUAGGAGCCACACUGGAGAAAAACCUUAUAAGUGCAACCUUUGUGACCAUGCGUGCACUCAAGCAAGCAAGCUAAAGCGCCACAUGAAAACCCAUAUGCACAAAUCAUCCCCCAUGACAGUGAAGUCAGAUGAUGGCCUCUCCACAGCCAGUUCUCCGGAGCCUGGAACCAGCGACCUUGUGGGUAGUGCUAGCAGUGCCCUCAAAUCCGUAGUGGCCAAGUUUAAGAGUGAGAAUGACUCAAAUAUGAUUCCAGAAAAUGGGGAUGAAGAAGAGGAAGAAGAGGAGGAGGAAGAAGAAGAGGAGGAGGAAGAAGAGGAGGAGGAUUUGACUGAAAAUGAAAGACCAGACUAUGGCUUUGGCAUUAACCUAGAAGCAGCUCGUCACCAUGAAAACAAUUCCCGAUCUGUUGAGGAUAAUCGUUCUAUGCCAGAUGUCAUGCAAGGGAUGGUCCUGAGUUCCAUGCAACACUUCAGUGAAGCCUUUCAUCAGGUCCUUGGAGAGAAACAUAAACGAGGGCACUUGUCUGAAUCUGAGGUGCACAGAGACACUUGCGAUGAAGACUCAGUAGCUGGUGAAUCUGAUCGCAUUGAUGACGGCACUAUUAAUGGUCGGGGGUGUUCCCCUGGUGAAUCUGCCUCUGGAGGUUUGUCAAAAAAGCUGCUCUUGGGUAGCCCCAGUUCCCUAAGUCCUUUCUCCAAACGCAUCAAACUUGAGAAGGAGUUUGACCUACCUGCUACGGCUAUGCCUAACACUGAAAAUGUUUACUCCCAGUGGCUAGCUGGGUACGCCGCCUCUAGGCAGCUAAAAGAUCCAUUUCUCAACUUUGGAGACUCCCGACAAUCGCCUUUUGCUUCCUCCUCAGAACACUCCUCAGAAAAUGGAAGUUUACGCUUCUCGACGCCUCCUGGGGAGAUGGAUGGAGGGAUAUCAGGCCGCAGCGGUACAGGAAGUGGAGGGAGCACCCCGCAUAUUAGUGGCCCAGGCCCUGGAAGGCCUAGUUCAAAAGAGGGCAGACGCAGCGACACUUGUGAGUACUGUGGAAAAGUCUUCAAGAACUGUAGUAACCUCACUGUCCACAGGAGAAGCCACACUGGGGAAAGGCCUUAUAAAUGUGAGCUGUGUAACUACGCCUGCGCCCAGAGUAGCAAACUCACCAGGCACAUGAAAACGCAUGGUCAGGUGGGGAAGGACGUUUACAAAUGUGAAAUUUGUAAGAUGCCUUUUAGCGUGUACAGUACCCUGGAAAAACACAUGAAAAAAUGGCACAGUGAUCGAGUCUUGAAUAAUGACAUAAAAACUGAAUAGAGGUAUAUUAACAUGUCCCUUUCUCCUCCCUUCCCCCAACCUUCUCCUGGCCCUUGUGUAGAGAGUUUUUUAGUCCCUUGUGAGUAAACUAAUGGAAGCUAAGGAUAUUAAGAAAGUGCUUGCCACCAGCACUGUUGUUUUUGUUUUCCUUUUUUUUCUUCCUUUUUUUCUGUUUCCACCAUUUGAAUGCAUGAUCUGUAUUGGGGCAAUACUACGCAAACUUUGAGCCUUUCUCUUGUGCAAUAAUUUACAUGUUGUGUAUGUUUAUUAAUUUUUUUUUAAUUGGACAGCAUGUAUGG